AUGUCAUUGCAGAAAGCCGUCGCCAGUGGUGCCCACCAGCUUUGCUGCGGUGUUGCGGCCAACAUUUCUGGAUGCUACGAUUUUUGGACAAGUCACAGGCAAGCCCAGCAAAGAUACACCACAAGCAACUUGAGGACUUUGUUGAUCUCGAUACUGGUGACAAGCUUGGUCUGUGGGAUUCUGCUAAUACCUGUCCACCUCUUGUUUUAUCUUGUUCGUCUGAUCAUCUUCUUGGCUAAGCCGGAGUGGAACCAAUCUGCCGCGGCUGUCCACAGCCAAAUCACCUUCUACAACCUCAUCUUUGAUGCAUGCUGGUACCUGCCGCUCAUCGUCCUUUUCCUGGCGCGGAACCUGAUGCUAUUCAGCUCCAAGCCCUUUUUCUCACACCUGGAGCAGUUCCCCAGGCUUCGGGAAGGCCUCUGCAACCUGCCUGUGCAGUCCGACAGGUACUGGAUGUGGCUGCUCGCCUCUCUGAAGUCCAUCGGCAAGCUGGUGCUCCUCUCCGUGGUGGUUUUCCUGUUGAAAAUGGGCUUCCGUCGGCUGCAGCACGCGUUGAGCGUCUUCACGGUGUUCUACACCCAAUACUCCAAGUACUACAGGAAGGUCCGGGUCUUUGCCGACCCUAAGUAUGGGAAGAAGGGCCAGCCGGGUGCUGCGGACCCAUCGACGCCUCACGCCCGGCUGUGGAAUCGAAGUAAUCUCCUGAUGCUCUUGGCGAACCUGGUUGUGGCCUAUCUCAUGUUCGACAAUGUCGGGGUGGCCACAGCAUUCCUGCGCUUCUACGAGUGGUACAUAGCUUCGGUUGCUUUGAGCACCGAGCUGCUGAGUGAGUACACAUAUCGGCUGAGCUAUAAGCAAGAACGGAUCUUUGUAUACCGGCACGGCUGGUUCCUUUGCGGCUUUGGCACUGUCGUACUUGUGGUUUUUUACAUUCCAUUCUUGGGCCUUGUGUUGUAUCAUACGUUUCAGUAUGCCAGCGCGAAGCUUCUGGUGUCGAUGCUUGAGCACGAGCAGCACACGGACGAGGAGCCGAAAAUGAUUCUUUGGGACCGCUUAUGA